AUCGGCGGAGGGGGUGGGCCAGCGCGCCGCGGGCGCACGGACGGCGGGUGGACCGAGCCUCUGGCGGACCGCUGGCGGGUGGCGGUCCCUGGGUGGCGAGCAGCGGCGAUGGCGACCGCGAUGGCAGCGACGGCGGCGGAGCGAGCGGUGCUGGAGGAGGAGUUCCGCUGGCUGCUGCACGACGAGGUCCACGCCGUGCUCAGGCAGCUGCAGGACAUCCUCAAGGAGGCCUCGCUCCGCUUCACUCUGCCAUGCUCUGGUGCAGGCACCGAGGGGCCUGCCAAGCAAGAGAACUUCAUCCUCGGCAGCUGUAGCACAGACCAGGUGAAGGGCGUGCUGACUCUGCAAGGGGACGCGCUGAGCCAGGCGGACGUGAAUCUGAAGAUUCCCCGGAACAACCAGCUACUGCACUUUGCCUUCCGAGAGGACAAGCAGUGGAAGCUGCAACAGAUCCAGGAUGCCAGGAACCACGUAAGCCAGGCCAUUUACCUCCUCGCCAACCGGGAUGAAAGCUACCAGUUCAGGACAGGAGCAGAGGUCCUCAAGCUGAUGGACGCUGUGAUGCUGCAGCUGACCAGAGCCCGCAACCGGCUCACCACGCCAGCCACCCUUACUCUGCCUGAGAUCGCUGCCAGUGGCCUCACGCGGAUGUUUGCCCCAGCGCUGCCCUCCGACCUGCUCGUCAAUGUCUACAUCAACCUCAAUAAGCUCUGCCUCACCGUGUACCAGCUGCACGUCCUGCAGCCCAAUUCCACCAAGAACUUCCGCCCCGCUGGAGGCGCCGUGCUCCACAGCCCCGGGGCCAUGUUCGAGUGGGGCUCCCAGCGCCUGGAGGUGAGCCACGUGCACAAGGUGGAGUGUGUGAUCCCGUGGCUCAACGACGCCCUAGUCUUCUUCACUGUGUCCCUGCAGCUCUGCCAGCAGCUCAAAGAUAAGAUCUCCGUGUUCUCCAGCUACUGGAGCUACAGGCCUUUCUGAACAGAGCACCCAAGAGCCUGACCCCCAGGGAAAUGGCCCCUGUCCCCCUCACCCAUCCCCCCCAGGAACGUUGGCCAGAGCCAGAACCAGGCAGCAUGGGCUAUUAUUUAUUUCUCUUUGCCCCAUCCUGCCCAUCACAUUUGCACAGAUUGAAAUGAGCACUGGAAGCACGGAGAGACAGGGAUGCUGGCUUGCUUUUUCUUUUACGGGGGGGUGGUCAGGAAGGCAGAGCCCAGAGGUGGCCCACAUUCCAAACCCUGCCCUCCCUUCUCAGCGGGAACCUUUGGACUUGGGGUGGCGCCAGGCCCAGGGCUCUCCUCCUCCUUCCUCUUUCUGCCUUCUGACCUGCCCCAGGAUGGUGACGGGCAACCGUACUCUCCCCUCUGUUGGAGGGUGAGGAGUGGGCAAGGGCCCUAAGCUGGGAAUCAGGAGGGCAGACAGAACCAUCCACGGCCUCGCUGUGGUGCCCUUGAAUGUGUUUGCUCCGCAUCCUUGACAAGGCCUCCAGGAAAUAAAGAUCAUCUGACUUUA